CCAAGGAGGGCUGUUGAUGAUUCGACCUCAUGGUUGUGCGUCAAGUCAAGUAGCUGGGUGUGGAGGGCUGCCUCGGCCCACGGUGAAGACGUUUUCAAAUCACACCGGAGGCAGAAAUGAAGCGCACGUUACUCUCAGUCCUGUGCUUGGGAUCUUUGGCAGCAUCUGUCUUGUGGAUAACGUACAAUGAUGAGUAUAAAAUCAACUAUCAACUCCCCAAGAUGAAGAAACAAGCUGUUAGUCCGUCCAAAUUUUGCAAAGGUUGCAUGCAGUUCAUGAAAAACACAGUUCAACUUUACUCUCAAAUGUGGCAGCAGAACGAGCAGAACAACAAUGAGUUCAGGUCCUUGCUGCACUCGCAGUGCAACGGUUUUGACAAAGCCAUCAUCACCCAGGCAAACUCUCCGAUUGGAACACACAUCACAAAAUCCCACGUGGUGACCGAGUCCUUCUAUGGAAAAAUACCAAGUGAGCACCCAUUUUUGAAUAAAACAUGGGACACCUGUGCUGUUGUUGGAAAUGGAGGGAUCCUCUACGACAGUUACUGUGGCAAGAAAAUAGACUCUGCUGAUUUUGUGAUCCGGUGCAAUUUACCUCCCAUAGGAAAUGCCUUUGAGGAGCAUGUGGGCACCAAGACGAGCCUGGUGACCUCCAACCCCACCAUUUUCCUGACGCUGAGAAACCCUGACAAAUUGCUGCAGAGGGUCGAGCCAUUUGGGGACUCAAUGAUUCUGAUACCUGCCUUUGGAUACCUGUCGUCUUUGUCCUUCAAGACCGUCCGCACCCUGAAAGAGCUGAACAACCCAUCCCGGCCUGUCUACUUAAACCCUCAGUACAUGAGCAGCCUGGCUAAGUUCUGGCGCAACAGAGGAGUGAAGGCCUCUCGGCUCAGCAGUGGUUUGAUCAUGGUCAGCAUGGCGCUGGAAGUUUGUAAAAACGUCCACGUGUAUGGAUUCUGGCCCCUCAAUGUUCAUCCAUUUGGACAAUAUUACAUCCCACACCACUACUAUGACAACACACUGCCCAAAAGGUUCCACAAAAUGCCUGUGGAGUUUGAUCAUCUGUUACAUCUUCACUCACAGGGAGUGCUCAGGCUGCACCUAGGUACUUGUGAGAAGUGAUUCCUCUUUGGCCAAACAUUCAG